GAGAGAGAGAGAGACCACCCCAUGCCCGUUAUCACCAUGCUGUAUGAAGGUGGAGUCAUUUGGGGGUAGAGAGAGAGAGAGAGAGGAGCAGAGCAGCAGAAGACAUGGAUUAUCUGACAUGCGUCUGGACUGACCAACAUUCCUCUUAAAGUCUUGAAUCCUGUUUUCCUCCUCAGAGUGAAGUCUGAAGAUGCGUUCCCGCACAUGCAGAGUGUAGAUGGUGAGGUGUAUCUUUUUUUGAUUUCACUGGAUCUAAGGAGUUUGGGAUAUCUGGGAUAUCAGUGAACUAUUUUUUUUUUUCUUAAAUUGAGCACCUGCUUGGAAAUGCAAGGAAACAGCCGGAGCAGCCAAAACUUACAAACACAGUAAUAUUGUAUUUUUUAUGUAAUAUUUGAUCAUUCAGACUGACUUAUUCUAAUAAAAAAGAAGAAGCUGAUCAUCGGCCUUAAAUACAGAGGGAAAUCCAAGAAAAUUAAGACUCUGCAGCAGAACCAUCCCCAACCAGCCGGGACUGUGGAGGGUUUUCCUCCCUGCCCUCCCAGCCUCUCCUCAUCCCCAGCAGCAUGUCCCAGGCUCUGAGGCUGCCACUAGUCCUCCACACAGCACACUACCAUGAUCAGAUGGGCUGCUGGAGGGAGUAAGGCUGCCUCUGCCUCGUCCUGCUCCAGGGCUGGGUUAGGGGCUCUUUCUGGCUCUGGGACCAACUCUAGACCAAGGUCAUCAGCACUGCAUUCCUCCCUGUCUUUGCCUCUCCUGCUGGCCCUGGUGCUUUUCUCCUUUUCCUUGUCUGGGGCGGCCUGCCAUCAGCUCCGCAGAGAAAGACUGAGGCUCGCCAACCCACGAGCUCUCAGAGUUCCACUGAACAUUUCGGAGACUGAGCUCGCCUUCAGGCCCAGGACCAGUGGGGGCACUCUGGGUCGGACUGGAGGACCGCAGGGUAGACAUGUGCGCAGCUACAAUCACCUCCAAGGGGAUAUACGCAGGAGGAAGCUGUUCUCUUUCCAGAAGUUCUUCCUGAGGAUCGAUAAGAAUGGAACAGUCAGUGGAACCAAGAGCAAGGAUGACCCUCUCAGUGUCCUGGAAAUCACCUCGGUGGACGUGGGAGUGGUGGCCAUCAAAGGGCUGAGCAGCAACUACUACCUGGCUAUCGGCAGGAAGGGAGACCUGUACGGAGCGAGAGAGUUUGGCGUGGACUGCACCCUGAAGGAGCGGAUCGAGGAGAACGGCUACAACACAUACGCAUCAGCUGCGUGGAGGAACAAGAAGCGGCAGAUGUUCAUGGGUCUGAACGUCCACGGGAGGCCGCUCAAAGGGAAGAAAACACGCAGGAAGAACACGGCCACCCACUUCCUUCCAAUUAUGGUGUGAGCUGAGGAGCUCCACUGGAGGGGGAGACUACGCAGCACUGGACAGAGAGGUUUUCAAUAAAGCUGUAAAAUAAAAGACAUUCACUGGAAAAUCUCUCAUUGGGAAACAAGGCACUAACACUGUUACACAAAAAUGUGGUCUCUGCAAAGGACUUUGAGUGAGAUCAUGUUCUGUAUUUGGUGGGAGAAGGUGAUAACUGUGUUUUCUGUGGCACAGGACGCAAUAUUUAUCCUUUUUUUCUCUGUGCCAAACAGUUUGCAACUGGAGCAUGUGUGUAAUGUGGACAACACAGGAGACAGUGUCCCAGUUAAUGAACUGUAGUAGAUACAGAAGUAUCUCCAGAUGUUAUUUAUAAUCCAUAUUUUUCUGCGAGAAGUAAAGGGGAGGGAUAGAAAAUGACUACAGUAUGAUGAGAGAAAUGAUCAGUCAGUUUAUUGUGACAGCAUUAAAUAAUAGAGGAUACCACACAUUUAAAGCAAAUGUUUAAUACUUAACCACUGUUUUUUGACUGUAUUGUUAUGAUUUAUUUAUUUCGUGAAAUAUUUAACUGGAGGGGAACACUUACAAGGCAAGCAUUUCUUUGCAUGCUCUACUUUUUAUAGGAACUCUACUAUGUGAAAAUAAAAUUUCCA